AUGACGGUGGCUGUGCGAUUCCGCCGCCACUUACGACGGCUCCUUCUCCUGCUGGCCUCUUGUUGUCUCCUCUCUUUGCUCCUCUCUGCCUACUUCUUGUUCACCAACUCCUCACCUUCCAUGCAAAUAGGACAAUCGUCAGAGCCUGCAUGCUCCCAGCCUCUCUCCAUGUCCCCAUACCGCCAACUACCAUACCCGUACCCUCCUAAUCCGCCUCACACACAUGUUUUGACUGAGCCUGCGGUGCUGGUUCUAGUAGAGUCCCAGUACUCUCAGCUGGGUCAGGACAUCGUGGCUAUAUUGGAGUCUGCGCACUUCAAGUUCCGCAUGGAAAUAGCCUCAGGGAAGGGUGACCUCCCGCCUUUGACAGACAAGGGCCGCGGACGAUAUUCGCUAAUCAUUUAUGAGAAUCUUCUCAAGUAUGCACAUGCAGACACAUGGAACAGACAGCUGCUGCACCAGUACUGCACCGAGUUCAGAGUGGGCAUCAUCGGCUUCUAUCGCUCCACAGAGACUUCCCCGCCUCUGCUUAAACUCAGAAACUUUCCGCUAGUGCUCAGGACCAAUCAGGCCCUUUGGGACUGCUGCGUGGUGUCCAGCUCUCCCAUCCUUCACCUAACCAAGCCCGGCACAGACCGAGGGGCCUUACCUGGUGAGGACUGGACAUCCUUUUCCUCCAAUCACUCCUCCUACCAGGCUGUGCUGCAUGCCCGGGCCAAAGACGGGGCAGGGGCGGGCAGUGGUGACAAUCCAGGGCCAGGCUUCAGCCUGGGUCUGCAGGCAACUGUCGUGCAGGACUUGGGGCUCUAUGAUGGAGUGAGGAGAGUCUUUUUUGGCCAGGGACUAAACUACUGGCUCCACAGACUCAUCUUAGUGGACGCCAUCUCCUACCUCACUGACAGGAAGAUGACUUUAGGGCUGGAACGGCACAUCUUGGUGGAUAUAGAUGACAUAUUUGUGGGGAAGGAAGGCACCCGUAUGAACGUCAAGGAUGUGAAGGCGCUUCUGGAUACCCAAAGACAGUUGCGUGCGCAGAUAUCCAACUUUACCUUCAACCUGGGAUUUUCUGGCAAAUUCUAUCACACAGGCACUGUGGAGGAGGAUGAAGGAGAUGAUUUGCUGCUGAAGUACGUGGAUGAGUUCUGGUGGUUCCCCCACAUGUGGAGCCACAUGCAGCCUCACCUCUUCCACAACGAAUCCUCGCUGCUGGAGCAGAUGGUGCUCAACAAGGAGUUUGCCUUGCAACAUGACAUUCCAGUGAACAUGGGCUACGCCGUGGCCCCCCACCACUCGGGGGUCUACCCGGUCCAUCUGCAGCUUUACGAGGCUUGGAGGCGCGUGUGGAACAUCCAGGUGACCAGCACGGAGGAAUACCCCCACCUCAAGCCUGCCCGCUAUCGCAAGGGUUUCAUCCACAGUAACAUCAUGGUGCUACCUCGUCAGACGUGUGGCUUGUUCACUCAUACCAUCUACUAUAAGGAAUAUCCUGGCGGGCCUAAAGAACUGGAUAAAAGCAUACGAGGAGGAGAGUUGUUCCUCACUGUACUUCUCAACCCUAUCAGUAUAUUCAUGACCCACUUGUCCAACUAUGGCAACGACCGUCUAGGACUCUACACGUUUGUCCACUUGGCCACUUUUCUUCGCUCCUGGACAACCCUAAGGCUCCACACACUUCCCCCUCGUCAGCUCGCACACAAAUACUUCCAGUUGUUUCCUGAACAGAGAGACCCACAAUGGCAGAACCCUUGCGAUGACAAGCGGCACAAAGAUAUCUGGUCUAAGGAGAAGACCUGUGACAGGUUACCCAAGUUCUUAGUGGUGGGACCACAGAAAACAGGGACGACAGCACUUUAUCUCUUCCUCCUUAUGCAUCCCUCCAUCUCCAGCAACUUCCCUAGUCCAAAGACUUAUGAGGAAGUCCAGUUCUUCAACACCAAUAACUAUCACAAAGGGAUUGACUGGUACAUGGAGUUUUUCCCGAUACCCUCCAACAUUAGUACAGACUUCCUGUUUGAGAAGAGUGCCAACUACUUCCCCUCGGAGGAGUCCCCCCGGCGCGUCGCAGCCCUUCUGCCCAAGGCCAAGAUUAUCACUCUGCUCAUCAAUCCCUCGGAUAGAGCGUAUAGCUGGUACCAGCAUCAGCGAGCUCACGAAGACCACGCCGCACUUCACUUUACCUUCUAUGAUGUCAUCAGUGCUAGAGCCGGAGCCCCAAGUGAACUUCGCUCCCUACAGAACCGCUGUUUAAACCCAGGCUUAUACGCCACACACCUUGAGAGGUGGCUCACUUACUACCCUGCUAACCAGGUGAUGAUCAUAGACGGCCAUCAGCUGAGAGCAGACCCUGCUGCUGUGAUGGAUGAAGUACAGAAGUUCCUGGGAGUCACUCCUCAUUACAACUACUCACAGGCACUCACGUUUGACCCUCAAAAGGGCUUUUGGUGCCAGCUCCUUGAGGGAGGAAAGACAAAGUGCUUGGGGAGGAGCAAAGGGCGAAAAUACCCUGCUAUGGAACCAGAGGCUCGGGCAUUUCUGUCCAGGUACUACAGGGAACACAACGUUGAGCUGUCAAAACUGUUGCAUCGACUCGGACAGCCUCUUCCUUCUUGGUUGAGAGAGGAGUUGCAGAAGAUAACCUUUGCAUCCAGCCGAGGUUAA